UUGUGGAACAAUGGCGGACGAUAAAGAUGUGGUGGAGAAAACGAUUGCCGAAGAUUUGGUUGUUACCAAAUAUAAAAUGGCAGGAGAAAUUGUUAACAGAGUGCUAAAACAAGUUAUAGACAAAUGUGUGGCUGGUGCUUCAGUUAGAGAAAUCUGUGAGUUUGGAGACCAACUGUUGACGGAAGAAACAAGUAAGGUUUUCAAGAAGGAAAAGGAACUUAAAAAGGGUAUCGCCUUCCCCACAUGUGUGUCUGUUAACAACUGUAUAUGUCACUUCUCCCCUGUCCCUAGUGAACCAGAUUACACACUUAAGGAUGAGGAUGUUGUUAAAGUUGAUUUGGGAGUCCACAUAGACGGAUUCAUCGCUGUCGUAGCGCAUACAAUUGUGAUAGGCGCAUCUAGUGAAAAUAAAGUGACUGGCAGGAAGGCCGAUGCUAUCCUAGCAGCUCACUUCGCUUCACAAGCUGCUUUAAGGUUAUUAAAACCUGGGAAUGAAACCUAUGCAAUAACCGAUGCAGUACAAAAAGUCGCAGAGUCGUUUAAAUGUAAACCGGUUGAAGGUAUGUUGAGUCAUCAGCUGAAGCAAUUCAAAAUAGACGGCGAAAAGACGAUAAUACAGAAUCCGAACGACGCCCAAAAGAAAGAACAUGAAAAAUUCGAGCUCGACAAGCACGAAGUCUAUGCCAUGGACGUUCUGAUCAGUACGGGGGAAGGCGUGGGGAAGGAAACCGACACCAGGGUGGCUAUUUACAAGAAAACUGACGAGAUCUAUCAGUUGAAGUUGAAGGCAUCCAGGAUGUUUUACACUGAAGUCAGAACGAAGCACGGCAACAUGCCUUUUAAUUUGAGGGGUUUCCAGGACGAGACCAAGGCCAAGAUGGGCGUCGUGGAGUGCGUGAAGAACAAACUAAUCGAGCCUUUCCAAGUGCUCUAUGAAAAACCAGGAGAGUUCGUAGCCCAAUAUAAGUUCACAGUAUUGCUGAUGCCGAACGGUCCACACAAAAUAACGGGUCUGCCUUUGGAGCCGGAGCUCUACCAAUCCGAAUACUCCAUCACCGAUCCCGAUCUGAAGUCGAUCCUGAACAGCUCCGCCAACCCGAAGGCGGCCAAGAAGAAAAAAAAGAAGUCCGAGAGCAACGUCGAGCCCCAACCGAUGGAAGUUGAAGCCGCAGCUUAAAUGAAUUCGCUCUUCAGUUUCUCUCCCUCCCUGAAAUAUUUUUUAAAUGCUUGUCCUCUUUAUUGUAACACUCUUUUUAUGUUUUUUUUUUUAUGUAAAACACGACUCGGGUUUCUUUUCUGAAAGAAAAUUUUUUAGACAAUCACGUUUCGGCACGCCUCGUCUAAAACAAUUGCAUAACACUAUUUUCCUUUCGGUGUAUCAUAUUUUUAUAAUUUUUUCAGUGGACACUAAAUUUUGCUUUGGGUUUUUCUUAAUAUUUCACCAAUUUAAAUUCAUUAACUUAUGUUUUCCGUUAUCUUCACACCAUUUUUUUUUAAUCUUUACUAUUUUUAUUUCUAGGUAAAGAUUGUUAAUUUUUUUUAAUAGAUGAAAUAUUUAAGAUAUAUAACAUUGUACUAAAUUUAGAUCACUGUAAAGUGACGAAUAAAAUGUUUGGUAUUUUGAAAUAA